CUUCUGCGCAACUUGCCCACACUCACGUGGUUAUCUCUCCGCAGCAUUCAGAAGGAAAACAACCCGAAGCAAGGAGUAGGCCUACGACCGCAGCAAAUUACCAUUUAGUUGACCUAAUUUAGACAAUUGUUGUUAAUAUUGCCAGAAAACGUCAUUUUCUUGCAUUUUGACGGUUUAUAGUGGUGCAAAAAAAUGGUUGACUAACACCUUUACGCAGACCUGUGCCGUGCGCCCUUCCAGGCAUUCAACUUUUACGCAUAGCACCAGCGCAACGGGUUACAAUAUGCUCACAAAACACGAAAAGGAGCUGAUUGCCAAAAUUUGGGACAAAAUGAUUCCCGUGGCUUCCGACAUCGGAGCUGAAUGCCUUCUAAGGAUGAUGACGACAUUUCCCGGGACGAAAACAUACUUCGCCCACCUGGACAUCAGACCCGGGUCCCCACACCUGCGUUCCCACGGGAAGAAGAUAGUUCUCGCGAUAGCUGAGUGUUCCAAAGACAUCAGCUCGAUGAUGGUCACCCUGGCACCGCUCCAAACACUGCAUGCCUACAAACUGAGAAUAGACCCCUGCAACUUCAAGCUUCUUUGUCACUGUAUCCUCGUGACUUUGGCCGCUCACAUGGGUGAUGAGUUCGAUCCUGUCGCGCACGCGGCCAUGGACAAGUACCUCUCGGCCUUCGCAGCCGUCCUUGCAGAGAAAUACAGAUAAGGAGCAUCAUAGCCCCAAAAUAUAAACCAAAUGUUGCUGUUCCAUUAACUUAUUAUAGUGUAUUUUAUUUGUGUGUUUUUCUUUUGUAAUAAAACCUGACAAAAACACAUCUGAGUGCUCUUGUGUCGUUAACUCUAUAAUAAGGAGGAAAUCGUUACUUGUUCAGCUGUAUUAAGUUAUGUAGGUCAGUUGUGACAGAGUUCCCUUUGGGUAUAGAAAUGUGUAAACUAAACCGUCUGCUGUGGACCAUACAUUUCUAAAUAACAAGUACGUCCCGAGUAGAUCCCAAGUGUAUAUCAUUUGUUGAAGUUACAAGCAUAAAGUGUAUUAAAAAUGUAUUUUAAUUAGGAGGUUUUAUUAAACACGUCAUUAUUGACAUCAUUGUGGCGCAUGGCCACGCGCGUGCCCCUGGCAGAAAGUCAAAUGGCAUAGUGCGUAAAGGAGAUGUUUCCACGUGGACUAUCACUGCUUAAAGUAAUGUUUUGAUGUUCUUGUAGCUAUACAGUUGUGCUUUUAUAUAUUGGCACCCUUGCAAUUUACAAUGGAGUGCAACGGACCAGAAUGUUCUGGUUGAAUGGGUUAUUUUUUAUUUUAUUGUUUUACCGUGUAGGCACCUGCAAUUUACCACAGUUGAGAUAAAUUACACAUCAAGCGAGAAUCACCUGCCUCCAACCAAAUUAAUUUGAAUUCUGAAUAAUUUAGUACAGGCCCUUUUUGUUACUUAAAGUGAAAAUCUCAAUCACAGUUGUUGUUUUUUGGUCCUGUGCAGUUGUACGUCAAACAAAUACACACGAUAACCACAAUAUUUUUUCAAUUUCAACUUAUUGUAGAAGAAAUAGUGAAUCGUGCAAGGGUGCCAAUAUAUUACAGCACAACUGAGGCGCAUCGGGCUUAUGUGAGGCCCAUCAUGUAUGUACAUCUAAAUAAUAAAUAACCUUGUUAUCA